AUGCACAAAAUGUGCAUAAUUGAUGAAAUAGAAGUAAACACCAAACGUGAACGUCGAGCGUCAAAUAAUAAAAAUCAGAACAACAAUCAGAUAUCUAAGCAACCAGUACAAACACAAGCCUAUUCGACACUCGGUGCUCUAGUAACUGGGCUCACAAUUAUCCAACAACCAUCAAUUGGCUUGAAUAAUUCCUCGUCGACAAGUUUGCCGACCAAGAACGGACAUGAAGAUUUAUCAACAUCUCAACAAGACCACGGUGUUGACAGUGGCCUUUCAUCAGAAAUAACGAAUACAGAAACAGAGAAGCCUGCUGGUAGUGGCGAUGAUGAAUUAAGUUCAACAAGUGGUACGUCAUCAACACUGGCUCAUACGGAUCAUUCAACUCAUCAACGAGAAUCAAGUCCAUCGAGCGGAGUCGUUAUUCCGGAAGAGAAACGUGUGACCGAUCACGUGAAAGUGUUCGAAGCGGUAGCCAAAAAUGGUAAUAAGAAGAAGCCGUCGUCGUCAAGUUUUUCUACUGCUGAUCAAAAACAAGUCUCGCCAUUAUCGACGGACAGUUUCGAUAGUCAAUCGAUCAACGAAACGAAAUCAUCGAAAAACAAAUCGAAGAAGUCGUCAUUGAAGAAGCAAAUUCAAAAUUUACUUAAAAUCGAUAAACCAACAUCGUUACAAGACGAUCUCAAUGCAAUGGACGAACAUCAACAAUUAAAUGGCAAGAAAAAUAAGAAAGACAAUAAUUCAGCAUUUAAACCACUUGAAAUACAAAUUCCCAAUAAUGAAGACAAUUCAAGCUCAUCAACUGUAUCGAAAUUGAUAAAUACAUUUCAAACGAAUGAUAGUGACCAACCAAUCGUUGUCUCACAAAUAAAUACUCCUCCUCCUCCGCCGCCGUCGUCGUCGUUGCAUCCUCUUCCUAUUCAAUCGGAAAAUUCAACAUUAACACCAACAGAAGUGUCUCACUCGGAUAUAUCAAUUAAUCCUCCAGCGGAUAUCGUACCAGCUCAUAGUGUUUCAAUAACGAAAACGCACAGUCCAAUGUCGUCCGGUGUCGGUGAGACGGUGAAAACAUCGACGCGUUCGGUUUCGAUCGAAAAAGGUACACGAAAUCGUUCACCAAUGCAACGAUAUGUUCCCAAUGAAACAAGCAAUAAUUCCUCAUUUUCAUUACUAACUCAAUCAUCGAAUGGCCAAGUCACCGAUAACCUUCGCGAACAACAUCAACGUGAAAAACAAGAACUCGCCGAAUUAAACGAUCGCUUCCGCGGCUAUCUCGAUCGGGUCAAAGUUCUUGAGAACAAAAAUUCUAAAUUAACAAGUCAACUCGAAGAUGUCACCAAGACAUGGGGCACUGCCUCUCAAGCGAUCGUUUCUCAAUACUCAGGUUCACUCGAUCGUCUUCGACAAGAAGUCAACGAAAGUAUGCUGGGCGAAGCCGAUUUACAAACACGUUUACGUCGUUCACAUUACGAUAUUGAUAAUUACCGAUCAUUGAUACACGAUGAGACCCUAUGGAACAAUCGACAAGAAGAAAAACGUGAACAAUUGAAACUAGAAUACGAACAUUCAUGUGUAGAAUUGACUGCCCUACAACGCUCGUACAAACAAGUCGAAGAACAAUUAAAGAUUUUACUUCAACAACGUGAAGAUUACCUUCAAGAAAUCAACCAACUCAACGAACUAUCGUACAAAGCAACAUUGGAUCGAAUCAAAUUAGAUUUGCAAGUACAAACACUUCGAGAAGAAAUUCCUUUUCUCAACGAUAUUCACACACAUUUAAUCAGCGAAUUCGAACAAUUAAAACCAACGAAUGGUAUUGACACUCAAUUAUUCUACCGUCAAGAAUUAGAGAAAGCUAUUCGUGAUAUUCGUCGUGAUUUUGACACUUUACAUUCAGCACAACGUAAAGAAAUGGAGGACUACUACAAAGUUAAAAUCGAAGAGAUUCAAAACAAUGCGAAGAAACUUGUGCCUGUCCAAUUGCAACAAGACAAUCUGACGAAAAUGUCCGAACAAAUCAAAUCAACGAAAUUCGAAUUAGGUGAUACUCAGAAACUGUUGAUUCAUGAAAAAGAUCUCUACAAAGAUUUACAAGAACGUUUGAGUAAACUCGAAGAAGAAUAUAACUAUUUACGUCAUCAACGGGACGACACCAAUGAUAAUAUCAACAAAGAAUUGUCGACCGCACAAGAACGCAUUCAAAAUUUAACCGGAGAGAUUGACACAAUUUUACAAAGCAAUAUAACACUCGAAUCAGAAAUCAAUAUCUAUCGACGAUUGUUAGAUAGCGAAACUAAUCGACUUGCACAACCACCCGUCGAACAAGUUUUGUCACCCGAACCAACGCCACCGUCAUUCGGCAGCGAACUCGGCAAAGUUUUCAACAAGAAAAUCAAGAAAGGACCCAUUGCUAUCAAGGAUUGCGCACCUGAUGGUAAAUGUAUAACAUUAGAAAACAGUUCGCUUGAUAAAGAUGUUGACGUAUCCAACUGGACAUUAAAGCGACGUGUUGAAGGUUCAUCAGAGAUCUCCUAUAUAAUUCCUUAUGGUUUGAUUAUUAAACAUGGAAAUGAAUUGAAAAUCUAUGCUCGUGGCGCUCAAAAUGCGCACCAUCGUCCACCAUCGCAGGUGGUCAACGAUCAAUUGGAUUCGUGGGGUAUGGGUACGGCAUGUGAAACGAAAUUAUUCAACGAACAAGGCGAAGAAAAGGCUUCGCAUUCUCAAAAGAUCGUUUUUGGUUCUGAAACAUCACGUCAUUUACCAUAG